AUGCUGCGCGGGCCCCGGGCCCUGGCUCCGGCCGCUGCGCAGCCCGCAAAGGGGGUGACCUCUUUGAGCCCCACGGAGCUGUGGCCGCCCGGCCUCAGCAGCCCCCAGCUCUGCCGGGCCACCACUACCUACCACACCUCGCUGUACCCGCAGACGGUGCCUCCUGCCGCGGCACCUAGCACCUGCCUCGACGCCACUCCCCACGGACCCGAGGGCCAAGUUGUGCGAUGCGUGCCGGCAGGCCGGCUGCCGGCCAAAAGGAAGCUGGACCUGGAGGGAAUCGGGAGGCCAGUGGUUCCGGAAUUCCGGACUCCCAAGGGGAAGUGCAUUCGAGUGGAUGGCCUCCCCAGCCCCAAAACCCCCAAAUCCCCCGGGGAGAAGACUCGGUAUGACACAUCGCUGGGGCUCCUCACGAAGAAGUUCAUUUACCUCCUGAGCGAGUCUGAGGAUGGGGUCCUGGACCUGAACUGGGCUGCUGAGGUGCUGGAUGUGCAGAAGCGGCGCAUCUACGACAUCACCAACGUGCUGGAGGGCAUCCAGCUCAUCCGCAAGAAGGCCAAGAACAACAUCCAGUGGGUAGGCAGGGGACUGUUUGAAGACCCCACUCGGCCUGCGAAGMAGCAGCAGCUUGGGCAGGAGCUGAAGGAGCUGAUGAGCAAGGAGCAGGCGUUGGACCAGCUCAUCCAGAGCUGCUCCCAGAGCUUCAAGCACCUGACCGAGGAUAAAGCCAACAAGAGACUGGCCUAUGUGACCUACCAGGACAUCCGUGCCAUGGGCAACUUCAAGGAGCAGACGGUAAUCGCUGUCAAGGCCCCUCCACAGACGCGACUGGAAGUGCCCGACAAGGCUGAGGAGAACCUGCAGAUAUACCUGAAGAGCACCCAAGGGCCCAUUGAAGUCUACCUGUGCCCGGAGGAGGUGCAGGAGCCRGAGAGUCCUGCCAAGGAGCCCCUCCCCUGCACCUCUGCCCUCAGCCCCAGCCUUGACUGUGCCCAGCCCAGCAGCAGCAGCGACCCUGCCGUCCUGGAGCUCGAGCCAUCCUCAGAAUCAGCGCUGACUCCACCACAGGUGCCACUGCCACCAUCACCAUCCCUUGUCCCCUUGGAGGCCACCGACAGCAUGCUGGAGCUGCCGCACCCACUUCUGCAGCAGACCGAGGACCAGCUCCUGUCCCCGACCCUGGCGUGCAGCCCCCUGAUCAACUUCUCUCCGCCCCUGGACCAGGAUGACUACCUGUGGGGCUUGGAUGGGGGAGAGGGCAUCAGCGAUCUCUUCGACUCCUACGACCUUGGUGACCUGUUGAUUAAUUGA